AUGUCACACCAAAUGCAGACUCACAUUUUCCUACCCAUUUAUCUUCUUCAAUACGUUCGUGACAUAUCUCCUUCAAAGAUUGAUACAGAUCUCUUUUUAACGGAAGCUAGUACAUCCAGACUAUUAGAAGUAAUUCAUAUUUUCUGUCCAAAUCUAAAGUUCAACGAGAAUGCAAAGAACGAUCGUCAGCUCCUAGAAACGAUAUUUCGUGGACAAGCGGCCCACCAGCUCUCCAAUCAUGUACUCAUCCCCAAGGACUGCAAGCCUUCAGUCGAAUACUUCUCAGCAGUGUUCAAAGCUCCUAUCUUCAGACCUCAAGACUCUGAGCAGACAAUUACUUGUGCAGCCGACUUCAAUUCGGAUCGUACCCUCAUGUUCACCUGUUCUUGUCUCACGGCUCUCAGGCACGGCCAGUACCAUCUAGCUUCCGAAAACCUCAUCAAAUUUUUGGAGAUUUACAAGUAUCUCACCAAAGACGAGUACUCUAAUAUCUUGGGUGCUCAAGAUCACGCCGAAGACACACUCCACAGCCAUGUCAUCUACCUUCAGCAAGCUCAUGCGUCGAUUGAAGGUAUACAACUUCUUAUGCGGGAAGCCGAUAUAUCUGCCAAUCACUUCCAAGACCUCGAGGUCAAGCUCAAAGCGGCAACCAUCACUUUGCAAUGCCGUCAGAAGAUGUUUGAACGAUCUAUCCAGGAUGUUGCAUUUCUUACUGCAUUGGGCAAUUAUCAUCAAAAUAAAACCAAUGCGAAUGGCCAAUUCAACCCCCACGAUUCAUCAGAUGAGGCAGAAAGAAUCCCAAGUGGUGGAAAUACGAGUGCUUAA